AUGCCUCGCAAUGCAAGAUCCCAUGCUUAUGUUGAUGUCUUAGGUGCUCAAGCCGCGGAUGUUAUUUCGUCUUCAUCUCCAUCAAACUUGCCUCCCACCCCGCAAACCGAUGUGAAACCUUCAACCCGUCAUGUACUCACCUCUAGGUCCACUCGCUCAUACUCUCUCUACUCAAGCGGGUUUGACCCCGAGCUUAAAGCUCGUUGCUAUGGGAGAAAGAAUUCCAAGCAGGAUCCCACGAAAGCCUCUGACAAAAGCACGUCUGAAAAGCGCAAGCGUGAGGCGUCCCCGACUGACAUUCCAAACCCGAAGGGAUGUAGCUACGGUAUGGACGAUGACUUUUUUGGCUUCACGGAGGAAGAGUAUGCCGAGGAGGAAAAGCGUCAGGCCGAGGAGCAGAAGCGCAAAGCCGAGGAGGCAGAACAUGCCGAAGCUGGAGGACCUUCCGCUAAGAAAAUCCGUGUUGACCAACCAAAAUGGCCUAGCCGCCGCUCUACUCACCGUCCAUCCACGAAAGUUCGCGCUGGAGCUGCGUCGCCUUCACACCAGCCUGAAUUCCAACCAAACCGCCGGCAUACAUAUCAACCCACCCCCCCUGGAAACCAUCGAAUCCAGUCGUUUGCUAGAAGAGGAUGA